GUUGCCCGUAAUCAAGUCAUAAAGCUGAAGUCGUCAAGCAGAAUGCGUAACACACAGGUCUUUGCUGGCUCUUCCCACCCUGAGCUUACGUCUCUUGUAUCCAGACGUCUCGGAAUCCCGGUUGCAGACGCCAAUUUGAAGAAGUUUAGCAAUCGUGAAACAAGCGUUGAAAUUUGUACUUCUGUUCGAAACCAGGAUAUUUUCAUCAUUCAGUCAGGCUCAGCCGCAAUCAAUGAUAAUCUCAUUGAACUGUCUAUUAUGAUCCAAGCUUGCCGAAUGGGAUCUGCCAAACGGAUCACAGCUGUUCUACCCUAUUUUCCAUAUUGUAAGCAAAGCAAGCGAAAGGGAAGAACUUGUAUUACCGCUAAACUGGUUGCCAACAUGCUUGCGGUAGCUGGCGUGGAUCAUAUCAUUACAAUGGAUCUACAUGCAUCACAAAUGCAAGGCUUUUUCCAGCGCCCCGUAGAUAAUCUCUAUGCUGAGCCCACAAUCGCUAAAUGGAUCACUCAAAAUGUUCCCAAUUGGCAAAACGGUGUUGUUGUCAGUAAAAACGCUGGUGGCGCCAAGAGAGUUACAUCGCUGGCGGACGCUCUCCGACUUGAUUUUGCACUCAUCCACAAGGACCGCUCUCGCUCAGGUCCCCAAGGUUUAAAUAGACCUUAUUCUGGCAUGCCAUCAAGCCAAAGCGAUGGUACUGUUCGCAGUCUUGUCACAAGGGUGUCCAAUGUCGAGAAUGAUGAGACUGAAGAGGGUGUCGAGGAAAGCGGAGAGGAUGCCAUGUCCGUAUCUUUGUCCUCACUGAACGAAAUGAGUGCCGCAGUAUCGGUGGUUGCUGACACCGAUGGCGAAGAGAGCACCAUCACGCUGGUCGGCGAUGUAGUAGGAAAAGUAGUGUUCUUAACUGAUGAUAUUAUCGACGGAUGUCAAUCCUUCCUUGACGCAGCAAAUCAUAUGGUCAAGAAAUGUGGAGCAGAGAAAGUAUAUAUCAUUGCAACUCACGGCGUUUUGAGCGGCGACUCCGUUAACCAAAUCGCGGCAUGCGAUAGUGUUUACAAGCUCGUGGUCACCAAUACAUUCCCACUUCCCGAAGAGAAGAAAUUGGCCUGUCCUAAGCUAACUGUCAUUGAUAUCUCCAACACGUUGGCCGAAGCCAUCAGAAGAACCCACAAUGGCGAAAGUGUCAGUUAUCUGUUCCACAAUGCUGACUAAACGUCCUUACCCACUCAUCACAUAUAGAUCACUUCAAUUGGAACAAAGAAAAUAAAUGAAUAUUUUUUCACCCAGCUUAAGA